AUGCAUUACAAGCAGGUCUUGGUCAUUUUCGCUUUGGCACAGGUUGCCAUCGCUGCCCCAGGGAGAGGUCGACCGAGUCGACCCUCUCCCGGUCGAGGGGGCCCUCCCGGUCGAGGGGGCCCUCCCGCUCUUGACAGAAAACCCUCCACACUGGAUGAUUUCUUUAUUGGAGGAUUCAGGGAUCGUUUUUCAAAGUUCACUGGCAAGCUCUUUGGAGGAGGUCGCUAA